AUAGCGAGCGCGGCAGCGAGAACAGCAGCACCGCACAGCACACGCUGGGCCGUCGGUCGUUCGGUCGGUGGCCGCCGUGCAUCAAGCAGAGCUGCCCCGAGACAGUGCGGCAUUCGCGAGCCACUCACCCCCUCGUCGUGGCAGCAACCCUUCGUGGACCGAGAAGGCUCGGUGCAGUGUGCCGCCGCCGGCCUGCCGCCUCUGCUGCGUGGCAACCAUGCACGCCGCCCUCGCCUCUCUCACAGGCCGUCGGCUACUGGAGCGCGGGGCGUGAGAGGCGCCUAUUCCUCGCGUCGCACUUUGACCCGCGCCCGACUGACCUUUUGACUGAUUGAUUGACCCACGCACCACUGACAUGAUGGCCCUCGAGUGGAUCUUCACCAUUCCAGUCGCGAUGCUAGCGCUCCUAGCGCCGCUUUCUUCCGGCCAGGAAUGUAUGCCAGCGCGGUCCAUCUACUGCUACGAGUGCGAUAGUUGGAGCGACAUCCGCUGCAAGGACCCGUUUAACUACACUGCCCUGCCCAGGGACCAGCCGCCCCUGCAAACCUGCAACGGCUGCUGCGUCAAGAUGGUCCGCAACGCCCGCACUCAGUACGAGAGCGUGCGGCGAACGUGCACCUCAAAGCUGCAAAUCAACCUGUUCAUGGUGGACCAUGUUUGCAUGAUGGAAAGUAGCGGGACUGGUCACAUGUGUUUUUGUGAGGAGGACAUGUGCAAUGCUGCGAGGCCGACGCGAAUUUCCGCACCGCCAAUGCUGCUCGCGUUUGCCGCCCUGCUGCCCUCGCUCGCCGCGAGCCUCCGCAUCGGCCGUGAAUAGGCCCCUUAAGCGCGGACCCCAGCCCCCCGUUUGCCCAACCGCCCCGCCCCCUAGAUUGCCUGCACUGACGCUAGACGGCCAAUCCGGCGGCCAGCAGGACGGCCGGCUCGCCAGCUCUUGGACGUGUCCUUGCCUAUUGCAACCAGAUGAGAGCAACCACAACGCAGCCGACGACGAAGAAGCCCGAUUUUCCAAAGACUUUCGUCGGCCAAAUGAGACGAGUAGAGUAAUCCUCGCAAAGUCCAUUUUACCUACUUCUUGUUAUCUCGAUUUAACGCGGUAGGCGCCUCGUAGAACGAAAACACCCUCGGGCAGAAGUGACGAGGUGCCUUUCCGCGGAGGAGGAGAAAAUUGAUACAAUUUCAAAAAAAUAAUUAUGUUGAUGCUCACGAGUUGAUGACGCGGCUCUCGAGGCCCCGCGAACGGGCCGGGGGCCCCGAAUCAUGCACCCCUCGGCCCGUCGCCCGGGCCCACAUCACUGCUGUGACUUGAAAAUCGUGUUUCGAUUUAACUUGGACGUUUUUCACGCGAGCACCUCAUCGCCUCGUUUUUUUUUCAAACAAUACAAGUUGUUGAAACACCUGUUUGACUCACACAAAUUUUUAGAAUUAUCGUAAUGUAUAAUGGGCGCGUGGAAUAACACGAGUUGAUUCUUUGAUUAACGAUUUAUAUCUUGACGAUGUAAAACAUUUAUUAUUACUAUGUGCAGAUGAUAUGUAAAGCCCGCGAGAGAAUAAUAUUAUAGAUAUGCCAAGAUCUUUCUAAAUACUACCAUAAAUAUAUAUUCCGCUUGUAUAUCAUCAGCCAGUAAUAAUUAUUAUGUAUCGCGAAUUUACGUGCUCUGUAUGGAUGACCACAUACACGAAUUAUAAAAGCCAACUCAUUAUUAUAUGCAGACGUAAUAUGUUGGAGGAUAAUAUAAUGAUGCCAUUCGAAAAGAUAAA